CUGACCGAGGAUCGUCUCCACUUCUCAUUUACAGAUGACCGUCGACGAAACGGAAGAAACACUUGCACGAUUCCGAGUCUCUAGGGAGCUAGGAUUUCUUACACAAUGCGACAUGAGGAAAAUUCCCGAUUAUUAUCGGCCGUGGAUUAUACUUUGUGAUGCUAUGGUUGAACUUGUCAAGAAUAAUGUUGUACGUGAAGCCAUUCUAUUCCUUCCACAGCUUGAUACGAAUAGGCUCGUGACUUAUGAGGAUUGGAGGACAGCGCAUCUGCUCUUGGUCACAAUCGCAUCAGGAUAUUUAUGGAGCGGCAAGCCUAGUGAUGCCCCUCUCGUGUUGCCAAAAAACAUCUGCGCUCCACUUGUUUCGGUCUCGGAACGGCUAGGAUUGCGACCAGUCAUAUGCCAUGCAUCUGCUUGUCUUGCCAACUGGCAUCUGAUUGACAAUAGCCAGCCAUUCUCACCAGAUAAUCUACAGUUGAAUGCGUUCACAUUUCUCAAUACAAAAGGAAAUCAUUGGUUUUUCACCGUCACUGCACAGAUCGAGAAAGAUUUCGGACCUUGCACCUAUGAGAUCGUACGAGCAGUGCUUUAUACAAAACGAGGAAAACCCUACAAUUUGGAUAUAGCAAUUUCAUCGAUAACAACAUGUUUAUACAACGCUGGGAAAACUAUGACGAGAAUGGGAGAGUUCCUAUCUGCUAAAGAAUUCUUCCAUGAACUGCGUCCGUUCCUUUGGGGGUACAAUGAGGGUUCACUGAAAGAAAGCGGAAUUCUUUUUGAAGGCAUGGAACAUCUGGGUCACUUAAAAUAUGGAGGUGGUAGUGCUGCUCAAAGCUCUACGAUACAGCUUAUCGACGCAUUUUUGAAGGUUGAGCAUACAGGUGCUGACAACGAUUUUCUAAUUCAACAACGAGAAUACAUGCCAAGAGAACAUCGAGAAUUACUUGAAUGGGUUGAAACAUCUACACCAGUUCAGAAAUUUACGCCAAGACGUGAAGAAGCUCUCGAAGCUCUUAGAGCGUUCCGCUCGAAGCAUCUCAAUCUUGUUGCCCAAUACAUUCUCUCGCAAAUAGAGAGUCCCGCAUCGACCACAGGAACUGGUGGAACACCGUUCGUGAAAUUUUUGAAAAAUUGUAGAUCUGACACCAAAUGAAACUUCCAAGAAAAAUGAAUUAGGUGAAAAUAAAUGUUCGAAAUGUGUUUCAAUUAUAGCAUGAUUUAUCG